CUGUUUUCGCUUUCAUACACACAAGACUAACUGAGCAAGCUCACCUCUAAGCUAGCACCACUUGCAACCAUGGAGGUGGCUCUGGUGAGUGUAGCGACGGGAGCCUUGAAACCCGUCCUGGCAAAGCUGGGCGCUCUGGCGGGCGAUGAGUACAGGCGGUUCAAGGGUGUGCCUGGCGAUAUCAAGUCGCUCACCCAUGAACUUGCUGCAAUGGAUGCGUUUCUUCUGAAGAUGUUGGAGGAGGAGGACCCUGAUGUUCAGGACAAGGUGUGGAUGAAUGAGGUGCGGGAGCCCUCCUAUGACAUGGAGGACUCCAUCGACGACUUCAUGCAAAGUGUUGGCAGCGAAGAUACAAAGCCAGAUGGCUUUUUGGAGAAGAUGAAGAAUUCGCUGGGAAAGUUGGGGAAGAUGAAGGCUCGUCGUCGGUUCGGCAACGAGAUCGGAGAUCUGAAGAAACAGCUCAUCGAGGUGGCCGAGAGGAAUGCAAGGUACAAGGCCCGUGAGGCCUUCUCCAAGGCCAACAAUGCAACCAUUGAUCCUAGAGCUCUUGCUAUCUUUAAGCAUGCCUCUGAGCUUGUCGGAAUUGAUGAACCCAAGGCCGAGGUAAUUAAAUUGUUGACUAAAGGUGAGUCAACGCACGAGCAAAUGAAGCUGGUCUCUAUCGUAGGAUCUGGGGGGAUGGGCAAGACAACUCUUGCAAAUCAAGUGUAUCAAGAUCUCAAAGGAGAAUUUAAAUGCCGGGCCUUCUUAUCUGUGUCAAGAAGCCCUGACAUGAUGAAUAUCAUGAGAACUAUUUUUAGUGAAGUCAGUGGAAAAGAUUAUGCUAACACUGAAGCAGGGAGUAUACAACAACUUAUUAGCAAGAUUGCCAAUUUCCUGGCAGACAAAAGGUAUUUUGUUGUUAUUGAUGAUAUAUGGGACGUGGAUACAUGGCAUGUUAUUAAGCUUGCAUUUCCCGUGACUAGUUCUGAAAGUAUCAUAAUCACCACUACCCGUAUAAAUGAAGUUGCUGAAUCAUGCUGUUCAACACCAUUCAGUGGGGAUAUUUAUUGCAUCAGGCCUCUUGAAAUGGUGCACUCUAGGCACUUAUUUUACACAAGACUAUUCAGUGCCCAAGAAAAUUGUCCCUCAUACCUUAAAACAGUUUCUGAGCAUAUUUUGAAAAAAUGUGCUGGGUUGCCUUUGGCAAUCAUUGCUAUAUCCGGUUUGUUGGCUAAUAUUGAAAGGACAGAAGGUCCAUGGAAACAAGUUGAAGAUUCGAUUGGUAGAGCACUUGAAAGAAAUCCCAGUGUUGAAGGAAUGAUGAAGAUACUAUCACUUAGUUUCUUUGAACUGCCUGCUCAUCUGAAAUCUUGUCUCUUAUGUUUGAGUAUAUUCCCUGAAGAUUCUGUUAUUAAGAAGAAAGUUUUGAUAAAUAGGUGGAUUGCUGAAAGAUUAAUUCAUACAGAAUCCGGAUAUAGUACUUCAUAUGAAUUUGGAGAAAGGUGUUUUAAUGAGCUAAUAAACAGGAGUUUGAUCCAACCUGGGGAAACAGAUAGACGUGGAAUCAUAAAGAGUUGUCGACUUCAUGACACAAUUCUUGAUUUCAUCAUAUCCAGAUCCAUCGAAGAAAACUUUGUUACUUUGGUGGGUGUUCCUAGUUUAUCUGUUGGGACACACAACAAAGUUCGUCGGCUCUCCUUGCAAGCCAGUAAGCAAAAAGAAGUGAUAGUGCCAAGAAGCUUGGUGUUGUCUCAUGUCCGAUCACUUGAUGUGUUUGGGGAAUCUGUGAAAAUUCCUUCUAUGGAUAAGUUUAGGCAUUUGCGUUUUCUGGACUUUGCAUAUUGCCAACAACUAGAGAACCAUCAUCUUGAAAAUAUAGAUAAACUGUUUCAGCUGAGGUACCUGAGCCUCCGAGGGGCGAAGAAAGUAAGCAAGCUUCCAGAACAAAUCGGACGCCUAUGGUGCUUAGAGAUACUAAACUUAAGAUUCACCUCUGUUUGCGAGUUACCAGCAUCUAUUGCCAAUCUCAAGAGACUGGUGCACCUAUUAGUAAACCAUAAUGUUACACUUCCUUGUGGAAUUUCCAAGCUGCAAGCACUGGAGAAAUUGAAGCUUGUUAGUGUCUAUAACCAGCCAUUAAACUUCCUGCAAGAAUUUGAGCAGCAGCAGAGUCUGAAGAUAUUGACCCUUGAUUUUGAGGAUUAUAAUUCUGCUGACCGAGUGAACGGUGAAAAUGAGUCCAAGAGAACUAUUAUUGUCGCUUCCCUUAGAAACCUAGGGAGCCUUCUCUCUCUAACUGUUUGGGAUGGCCCUGAAUUUGUAAGGGAGUCUUUGUGCCCUAUGCCACUUAGCGUCCAGAAGCUGAAAGUCAGGCGUUCUAUUAUUCCCCAUGUUCCAAAUUGGGUCAGCUCCCUUAUCAGCCUCCAGAAGUUACGCCUUGAAUUGGUCCGAGCUGAGCAGAAAGACUUCUAUAUCCUUGGAGGCUUACCUGUACUGCGUUAUCUGAUUCUGAGAAUUGAUGGAAGUGAAAUUAGAAAUACCUCAUUAACAGAAGAGCCUGAAGUUACAAGGGUCAUAGUCUGUGGUGAAGUUGGAUUCCCAUGCUUGAGGAUAUUUAAUUAUGAUAGUGAGCGUGCUGUGAUGAAUUUGACGUUUGCGGUUGGAGCCAUGCCCAAGGUAGACGACCUCAGGAUACAAUUUAACGCAGCAAAAACUGGGUCUCUGGGUACUAGCGGUGAUUUUGAUCUCGGAAUAGAAAAUCUCCCCAGCCUCCUUAAAAUCAGAUGUGUAGUAUGGGGAGACGGGGUCGACAGCAGCAGAGUUGAGGCUGCAAAGGCUGCCAUUCGGGAAGCAGCCAACGCACAUCCCAACCGCCCUACUUUAUUCUUCGGCUUAUAAUGCAUUGCCAGAAUCGAGCUCAGGGAACAAUUCCAAUUAGGCUGUGACUCCAAAUGUUCAUCAAUUCAUCACUGCAUUUCUGAGAUCGAAGAAUUCAACACUCUCUGCGAGGAUGGAUCUGCCUCCCUGCUGCGAGGCGGAGAUGGAGAAGAAACUGGGAGGGGAUCCAGAAGAGCAAAGCCUAGAGCAGAAACAUGUCGUGCUUCAGGGCUGAGCAGAAGAUGUCGUCGAUGCUGUCGUGUCGUGGGAGAACACCGAGCACAAGGCGGUCCUUGACGUGAAGCUCUGAACGCCAGAGGACUCGAUUCUGAAUCUGGACCUUCCUGGCCGACACUUUAGUUGCAACGUUCAGAUUCAGAGUAUCACGUGAGGUUAUGCUCAUGCUCACCCCUUGCAUGACAAAAUCAUGGUAAAACAUGGAAUUUGUGCACACGUACAGUCAUGAAAACAAGCAUAUGUAACUUGGGCCCAUACUAAUGAUCAGGUCCAGACUCCAAAGGGACCACGCCCACCGCCACGGGAAAAAUGCUCUGCUGCUUCGGCUGAGCAACCAACUGUAGCUCGCAGAAGAUGUGUUCAAUGUCCGAAAGAGACACCAGAUGUGCACUUGCUUUACUAUUCGUUUUGAACAUCGAUCAUAAGCUUCGAUCCUGCAUGCAUUUACUAUUCGUUUUUACCUCUGUUUA